AGACGCACAUGACGUGACGAUGACGCUGCGCAGCUGAACCCGGAAGAGAGAGAGAGAGAAUCUCGAGCGGAGACACACAUAAACAAACACAGCGAGCGGAAAACAGCGAAUAAACCAUCAAUCUUUAAGAAACCCCGGUCGACAUUAUCAUGGACGACACUCUCUUCCAGCUAAAGUUCACGUCCAAGCAGCUGGAGCGACUGGCUAAGAAGGCGGAGAAAGACUCCAAAUCAGAGCAGGCUAAAGUCAAGAAGGCUCUCCAGCAGAAGAAUGUGGAGUGUGCGCGGGUUUACGCCGAGAACGCCAUCCGCAAGAAGAACGAGGGCCUGAACUGGCUGCGUAUGGCGUCCCGCGUCGACGCCGUGGCCUCGAAGGUCCAGACGGCCGUCACUAUGAAGGGGGUGGCGAAGAACAUGACGCAGGUGACCAAAGCUCUGGAUAAGGCUCUCAGCUCCAUGGACCUGCAGAAGGUGUCGGCCGUCAUGGACAAGUUUGAGACGCAGGUUCAGAAUCUGGACGUCCACACCUCGGUGAUGGAGGACUCCAUGAGCUCGGCCACCACGCUGACCACGCCGCAGGAGCAGGUGGAUGACCUCAUCCUGCAGAUCGCCGAGGAGAGCGGCCUGGAGGUGGAGGAUCAGCUCAGCCAGCUGCCGGCGGGAGCCUCUUCGCUGGGAGAGACGUCAGCGCGAGUGCAGGACAAAGAGGACCAGCUGUCCAGACGGUUGGCGGCUUUACGUAACUGACGGCGUUCAGAGAUCUGCUCGGAGGACUUUAUCAGAAGGCUGAUUUUUAUAACCCAGUCGUUUAUGAUGAACACAAGCACUUCAUUUCUCUGUCUCUCCUUCAUCAAACGAGUACGAGUCAUCUUUCCCUGUUUUUUUUCUGGACAAGUGAAAUCAGGAACCCUGUUUCCGCACACCGCUGUCCGUCGGGGAACUGCUGGGUCUCGCUCCUCCUCUUUACUGUUGAUUUAGGUUUGCGUAUUUAUUUAAACCUGAUCUGCUCAUAAGAUUAUUGCUCAUAACGUGUCAUGUUAUUUUCUCAUGCCUUACGUGCAGUAGGUGCUUCUUGCGUUCAGUGCCUCUGUCAAACUACAGGAGUGUGUGAGUCCAGCCCAAACACACACACACACACACACACUCCCUAUUGUAAUGGAAAUCCUGGCGGUGUGUUUCCUCUGGAGUUAGUUGGGUUUCUCCUGUGCGUUCAUAAUGUAAAUAAAUAAAGUCAUUCUAACAUCAGUGCUGAAGUGGAUCUUAUUUGGCAUGUUCCAGUGCCACCGUUAAAUAUCAUCCGACAAAUCAUGAUGAGAUUCCCUCGGUCUGAUCCUGAAGGAAUCCGGCACGACACAAACACUCCUGACAGCCUGAUUUAGGGAAUGGGAAAGAUAUGAAUUGAGAUGACAUGUAGAGUUUUAUUUGGGAUAUGGGUGUUGUAGUUAAUCAUGCGGUGAAUCUGUCAGAUGAUGGUUUUCCCGCUCACAUAUAUGCUUUAUUACCGUUACUGUAGGUUUCACUGAAUGCAAAUAAACUUUCUGAUCUUUCUUCUCUGAA